AUGCCGCCCCGACUCGCCCGGCUCUGGCGUCCCGUCGCCGCGGCCACGGCCUUGACCGUCGUCACCGUCGGCGGAACCGCGCUGCACUCUCGCGCCAACAAGAACCUAUCGCAUGACCGGGCUCUCGUGCCGCCGCGCCGCGACAGCACGGGCAGGCUCGUCCCUCCCGUCUUCCCAGCCACAAGGUCCCGGGCCGAACAGCUCGCCGAGCUUCGAAGACACGAUUCCAAGGACGCCGAGUACGACUUGCUCAUCAUCGGGGGCGGCGCCACCGGCACGGGCAUCGCGCUGGAUGCCGUGACGCGAGGCCUCAAGGUGGCCCUCGUCGAGCGUGACGACUUUUCCGCCGGAACCAGCUCCAAGAGCACCAAGCUCGUGCACGGCGGAGUGCGGUAUCUCGAAAAGGCCGUCUGGAACCUCGACUACCCGCAGCUGGAGCUCGUCAUCGAGGCCCUCCGCGAGCGAAGGGGCUUCCUCAACAUUGCGCCUCACCUGUCGAGCUCCCUGCCCAUCCUGCUGCCUCUGCAGAGCUGGCGCCAGGCCCCCUACCUCUGGGCCGGGUGCAAAGUGUACGACCUGCUCGCCGGCUCUCAGGGCCUGGAGUCUUCGCACCUCCUCAGCCGCGCCGAGGCCAUCGACUCGUUCCCCCUGCUCAACAAGGACAAGCUCGUCGGCGCCCUCGUCUACUACGACGGCCAGCACAACGACUCGCGCAUGAACGUGUCCCUCGCCAUGACCGCCUCCCUGUACGGCGCCACCGUCCUGAACCACGUCCAGGUCACUGCGCUGGAGAAGGACGCCAACGGCCGCAUCUGCGGCGCCCGCGUGCGCGACCUCGUCGACGCCGACGGAUCCCCCUCGUCCGGGGCCUUUACCGUCCGCGCAAAGGGCGUCGUCAACGCCACGGGUCCGUUCACCGACGCCAUCGAGCGCAUGGACGACCCGCGGCGCAAGGCGAUUGUCGCGCCGUCGUCGGGCGCCCACGUCACGCUGCCGGGAAGCCUGUGCCCCAAGGGAAUGGGCAUCCUCGACGCCGCCACCUCGGACGGCCGCGUCGUCUUCGUGCUGCCCUGGCAGGGCGUCACGGUCGCGGGCACGACGGACAACGCCUGCGCCGUGGAGACGGAGCCGGUCGCGAGGCGGGACGACGUCGACUUCAUCCUCGACGAGGUCAGCAAGCUCCUGGAGCCGACGAGCGCCCUGACGCGCGACGACGUCCUGGCCACCUGGUCCGGCAUCCGCCCGCUGGUCCGCGACCCCAAGGCCGGCAACACCGAGUCUCUCGUGCGCUCGCAUCUCGUCACCGUCUCCCCGUCCGGCCUGCUCACCUGCGCCGGCGGCAAGUGGACGACGUACCGCCAGAUGGCCGAGGACGCCGUCGACGAGGCCGUCCGGGCCUUCGCCCUCUCCCCCCAGCCCGUCGCGCUGCCCGACAUCAGCGGCGGCGGGCUCCCGGGCCCCGUCACCGACGGCAAAUGCAGGACGCUGACGACGCCCGUCCUCGGCGCCCACGGCUUCUCGGCCUCGCUGCCGUCGCAGCUGAUGGAGCUGCACGCCGACGUCGACGCCGACGUCGCGCACCACCUCGCCACCAGCUACGGCGACCGCGCCUGGGCCGUCCUCGCCGCCUCCCCCCCCUCGUCGCCGGUGACGCGGCUCACCCCGUCGCUGCCCCUCAUCGAGUCGGAGCUCCGCCACGCCGUCCGCUCCGAGGCCGCCUGCACCGCUGCCGACGUCAUCGCCCGCCGCACGAGGCUCGCCUUCCUGGACGUCGAGCUGGCGCUGCACGCGCUGCCGCGCAUCAUCGACGUCCUGGCCGAGGAGCUCGCGUGGUCCGAGGCCCGCAAGGAGCACGAGUGGCGCGCCACGCUGCAGUUCAUGAGGUCCAUGGGCCUGGGCGACGACAAGCUAGCCGCGACGAGGGACGACGUGGUCAACGGCCGGGUCGGCGCGCCGAGGACCCCCGGCGCCGCGGAGAGGAGCGCCGACGGCACGGGGGUGCCCCUGCCGAGAGAGCUGGAGGCCGGCGGCGCCAUGAGGGACGCCGCGUAG